UUCUCAAUAGAGUGAAGUCAUAAAAAAUGCGGUGCGACUAUUUAAUAUUAUUUUUAAUCAAUAUUUCGUUAAUUAACGCUCUGGGAAUUAUUUCCGGAAACUGGGAAAAUAUUACUUGUUUUAAAUUUGACUCAUUAGACAGUUGUUUAGGAAAACUUGAAGCAAAUACCACGUCAUUGAAAAUUGAAAAUUCUCGAAUAAUACGAAUCAACAGGAGAGCUUUCUUGUAUUAUCAAUCGCUGCAUUCUCUAUCAAUAAACAAUUGUGGAAUUAGAAAAAUAGAUCGCGAGGCAUUUGAUGGAUUAUCGGAAUUGGAAAAACUAGAUCUCUCCGAAAAUGAAUUAAUUUUAUUGGAAUUCAGUUAUUUGAGUUUUGUGCCAAAUCUUAAAUAUUUAGAUGUCUCGUUCAAUAAAAUUGAAGCAAUCGACGAUCUCAUUAUUUACAAUCUCAAUAAAUUGGAAACUUUCUACUUUGACUACAAUAAAAUUUCAGCAAUAUCCAAUCGAAUGCUUCACAGAUUAAAUAGCGAAUUAAUGCCAAGAGUGAAUCUCCGUCGUGUGAAAUUUGGAAGAAAUCCCCUCAAUUGGGAAUAUCAAACGUUGUUGACGAGAAAAUUUGACGAUUUGAAUAUAAACUAUCAAGACGAUUGGGACAAUUGGAAUUGGUUGAGUAAAACAUUGAGGGAUUGUCAGGAGAAUGAAUCGAAAUUGUCGAUGGAUCAAGUCAUGAAUUGUGCGAUUAGAAAAUUAUUAAAUUUUGCUGAGGAGAAUUUUAAUUUCUCAAAUACGCCCUGCGUUCCGGAGGCCUCGAAAUUAAUAGAAUGUUCUAAAGGUAACGUACCUCAACACCAAGAAAUCGAUGGUAUCCGAUAUGCUGUGGAAGGACUCGGCAGUAUUCUCAGACCAAUGGAAUUUCCUCAAGCGCAAUUCCACACGAGUCCGAACUAUAAGUCGAAAUUGGAUUAUCAAGUGAUUCGUUACAAUGGCGGUAAAAGUGAUUGGGCAUGGUUUGAAGGUAUUAUCAGUAAAUGUUCAAAAGGUGCUUUCGUUGAAGAACAAGUUCUCGAUUGUGAGGUCCAGGAAUUAUUGAAUUUUGCGGCGGAAAUUUUUGAAAAUUCCGAUUCUUCUUUUAAUUCAUCAGCAUUAUGCAGCACUCAAGUCGAUAAUUUACUUCAGUGCUCGAAAGUCAGCGAUGUCAUUGAUGAAAUAACAGUACGACGAUCAAUUCAAGGCUUUCAAUUAAUUUUACAGCAAACGGAUAAAUCCCUGCAAAAAUUAGAAUUGUAAAUUUAACAAUACAAAAUGCAAAAAAUAAACGAAAUGAAAAAAAAUUACAAUAAACAUUUCAAAUUAAUAAAAAAUUGUAAAUAGUUACAAUAAAAAAUAUAAUAAAAAAAUACUAAUAACAAUAAUAACAA